AUGGCCCAGUUUAAUCCCUCAGAUCAUCCCCAUCUUAGAUACAAUCCUUUGAGUGACAUUUGGAUUGUGGUAUCACCUCAUCGUGCCAAACGACCAUGGCAGGGUCAGGUUGAGAAAGCAUCUUCUGAAAAUAUUCCUCGCCAUGAUCCUAAAAAUCCUUUGUGCCCUCGCGCAGAACGCCCAAAUGGUCAGGUGAAUCCAGACUACAGCCAGACAUACGUUUUUGAUAAUGAUUUCCCAGCACUUUUACCCGGUGGACCUGAUCCUCCCGAGAGUGAUGACCCACUCUUUAGAUCAGCCCCUGCACAUGGCCAUUGUCGUGUUGUUUGUUUCCACCCGUGGUCUGAUAUUACGCUGCCGUUAAUGGAUGUGAAGGAUAUUCGACAUGUUGUAGACACCUGGAUCAGUGAGAAUGUUGCGCUAGGCAAGGAUUUUGAGUGGGUGCAGAUCUUUGAAAACCGUGGUGCUGUGAUGGGAUGCUCUAAUCCUCACCCACAUUGCCAGGUGUGGGCUUGUUCAUUUCUUCCCAAUGAGCCUGCUGUGAAAGAACGCACUCAGCGAGAGUAUUUUGCAAAGAAUGGACAACCCAUGUUGGUUAACUAUUUAGAAAAAGAACUAAUUAAAAAGGAGAGACUAGUUUUGGAGUCAACUCAUUGGGUGUGGUUAGUACCUUACUGGGCGACCUGGCCUUUUGAAACUAUGUUAUUACCAAGACGUCACGUAUUACGUUUACAAGACCUUAAUGACGAUGAAAAAAAUGACCUUAGCAAGAUGUUGAAAAAUUUGCUGACAGUGUACGACAAUUUAUUUGAGACUUCCUUUCCAUACUGCAUGGGUUGGCAUGGAGCUCCCACGGGCAAGUAUUUAAAUGAAGACUGCUCUCACUGGCAAUUACAUGCUGUCUUUUACCCACCUUUGCUGCGUUCAGCUACUGUGAAGAAGUUCAUGGUUGGCUUUGAAAUGAUGGCCUCAGCACAGAGAGAUAUGACAGCUGAGCAGUCCGCAGAGCGACUUCGAAAUCUGCCACUUGUCCACUACAAACAUCAUGGAAGCCAGAAUCAAUAG